ACCAAUAUAAACCCACAUUCGAGCUAACUAAUGUAUCUAUUUUUAUGUGAUUGAUGGUGAUAAAAAAUAUACAAGGAACUCACUCUUAAUCACAUCUCUGUGAAAAACGGCCAACAGCAGCCAGGUGCUAUUUCAUCGUUGUUUUCACUGCCAAUUGCCAGAACCUUUCAUCGGGGUCUAAGUUUCCGGGGGACCACUACAACUAAAAAAAAAGUUUGUCUUCCGUUUUCCGGUGCGCUCCCGCCGACUUCUUCCGCUAGAUAUUUUGUUUUGAGCACGAUGUUGGGAAGUAUUGUUUAAUUUUUGUUUGUGUUGCCAUUAUUUAGUCAAGUUAAAACGGUGCAUAAUGGAUACAGACGGUUCUGAAGACAAGGUCAAUCGGCCUUUAAGAAGAUCGACACGACAACAGUCGACAGCAAAAAGUCUUACGUAUGAGGCGACCCCUAGAGGUCCCUUAAAGAGGUCCAAAAGGGGCAUAGAAAAGCGGUCGACUGCUGCUGGUUCUGUUACAACUGUCAAUGGGUCCAGAAAUGUGGAGAAUGACUCAGAAGAUGAAGAAUCCCCGAGCAAGAAGAGUCGAUUGGAUGCAGAAGAAAGUGGAGAUGAUGAUAAUGAAAUCGACGUCCAGAAAUCAGAUUUGGAGACAAAUGAAGACCAGGAAAUGGAUGUUGAGGAAGAUUCUAUUCAGCAGCAGCAACCAUGUCAUCUUUAUCAGCCGCCAAAAAUAGUGCAUAGCAGACUAGGAGAUGUGAAAAUGUCCCCAUAUGUAGUGCUUGGUGAACGCUGCCAAUUGACUAAAAACACAGAGAAAGACUUGAUGAGAGCCAAAGAAGUCAAGUCCUCAACAGCAUCUACAACACCCACAAAGUCCCACAUGAGAUCUUUGGACAACGAGGUUUAUGUUCGCAAGAUCACCAGCAUGGCCGAAUACAAGAAGAAGAUGGCAGCUAAGACAAAUAGCUCUGGUAUACCCAAAGUCAACCACCAGAGCAGCUCGAGUGGUUAUACACCCUCUGUGAACACAUACACCGUGCGACAGAGAGCCACAAACAUUCCCGCUCAAAAAGAAAAUGUCCAGCAGCACAAGAAAGCAGAUAAAAAGGCAAGAGGUGUAACUGGGAAAUGCUCUACUGGAGAUUCAUCGAAAGGCUGUCUUCAUUAUUUCUGCUGGUUGCUUGUCCUCUUGCUGCUGCUCAGCGCUGUUGUACUGCUUGCUCACAAGAACAAGAUGAUCUCUAUGAACCAGAGGUUAAAAGGUGGUGCGGUGCAUCCAUCCAGGUCAGUGAGCCUCGAGACGUUUUCAGACCUUUGGUCACAUUUGGAGGCUCGUUUCCAGACUCAGAGGCAAGAGCUGUGGCUGAGGAGCAGGAUCCACUUGGAGAAGCACCUCCAAACAGCACAACCCACAGAGCCAGUCAGUCUGAUUCUGACGUCUGGGCGUGGGGCUGAAAAGACCCUGUCCUGCCUGGCACAGGGCCUAGCUUCCGCCUUUUCCUCAGCCCUCCAGGCUUCCACGCUCCAUAUAGAUGGGGCAAGCAAAACACACCUGGGGAGCGAUGAGGUGAAGCUGGACAUUGACAGGCAGCUGCAGGCAGCCUUUGGAGGAAGCCAACCGGCUGCUGUCAUCCAUCGCCUGGAGGAGCUGCCACCGGGCUCCACGCUAAUUUUUUAUCGCUACUGUGACCACGAAAACGCCGCAUACAAGGAGGCCUUCCUAUUAUUUACUAUUCUGCUGCCUCAGGAUGAGGUCAGGGGGGACCUCGGGGCUGUUGAGGAGAUGGUGCAAGACUAUCUCAAGGACAGACUGGUGAGCUCCAGCGACCAAACAGCCUUCAAUGACAUGGACACAGACAAGUAUGGCGGACUGUGGAGCCGCAUCUCCCAUCUCGUCUUGCCUGUAGUGGCCGAGAAAGAAGUCGAGCAGAACGGAUGUUGAGUAGGUAAGCUGAUAUUUAAAAAAAAAAAAAAAAUCAGGAGGAGCAGUUCGCCUGCACUGUGGAUUUAUAGCACUGAUGUACAUUACUAAAAUGAAAAUUAGAGCAAAGGUCAAAGAUUGAAACCAAUGUCAGCUAAAACUUGGCUGGCUAAAUUCACUCCAUAAUAACACGGGUAAAGUAAGUGCAUGAACCCACAUAUGCAUUAAAUUUCUGCUUGCUUAUUGUGGUCGUCAACAUUUAGUUCAACCUCUCACGUGGCAGUUUUUAAAAAAAAUAUAUUUUUCAUUUCUUAUGUCGUGUGUACAGUUUGCACUGAAACAUUCAACCUUUCAUCAAACAACCUGUCAGAUGAUUGACUUUUAUCAAUAAAACAUUUUAUAUUGUUUACAAUGUUUAUUCUUCUAAUCUAAUCCCCCAGAUGAUUUUUUUAUCUAUAUGUGUAAAUACUUGCAUCUAUGGUCUAGGGGAAAAACAUGCUCUUUACAGGUUCUUGAUGGUAUACAUUUGUAAAAAUUUUUAUUUUUGCAGAAGUUACUGAAUAUGCCUCUGAUACUGGAGACACAAAAAUAAGACUGUAUCGCAAAACAAUAUUUUAUAUCUGUGGUUUGUGCUCAUAUUAAAUUUGACCUGUAAGUGUGGAUAUGUUGAAUAAAGAAAAUUAUUUUGAU